AUGUCUAGACAAACGUCCCGUCUCGAUGCCAAAAAAGUCAAUUCUGAGCUGCUGACCCUCACUUACGGCGCUCUUGUGUCUCAAAUGCUGAAAGAAACUGAAAAUCCUGAAGAUGUUAAUAAACAAUUGGAACGUAUUGGCUAUAAUAUGGGAGUGAGACUUAUCGAGGAUUUCCUAGCUAGAACUACGUCAACACGAUGCCUGGAGAUGAGGGAGACCGCUGAUAAGAUACAACAGGCUUUCAGAUUAUAUCUAAACAUGCAGCCGACAGUGACCAGCUGGAGUAGUUCUGGAGAUGAGUUCUCAUUGGUUUGGGACCAGUGUGCCCUGAGCGAUUGGGUGGAGAUGCCCAACAAUGGAUUACGGUACUGUGCCCUGAUCCCCGGUGCCAUCCGUGGAGCUCUGCAGAUGGUGCAACUCGAAGUGCAAUGCUGGUUUGUGCAGGAUCAACUGAAAGGAGAUGCAGUCACUGAAUUACGAGUGAAAUAUAUCAAGAGAUUAGAAGAUGCAGUGCCCGCUGGCGAAGACUAG